AUCGCCGCCAUUUUGGCAGUUUGCGACGAGCAACGACGACGGAACGAGGUGAAUUCGUGACGUCGCCUUUUGCCCAAAUAAACAUAUAAAAUAUAUAAGUAAAAAAUCUCAAUGUAAAAAUAAUUUAAAAGACAUCGAUAAAGUCUUGAAUGUUUUAUGUGUUGUUUUUUUGGUGUUAAUUGAUAAAAAUAAGUGUAUGUAAAUAAAGCGUUUUUUUGAGGGGGCGAGAGAAAAAAAAAAACGCGUGUUGGAAAAAGACGAUCCUCUCGUCGAACCUCUCUUUGGACGGCGGGAUAAUCACGAUCGGACGGACAGCCGACCAUCACGGCAGCUGUUCGACUGUUCGAGAAUAAUCUGUCAAACAGCGGUGACCCCCAAUGGAAGGCACGUUGGAAGAUCCCUUGGUCAAGGACCCAUGUCAGGAUGAUGCUGACACUCUUUUGAAAGACUCGUCAGAUAAAAUAAUUCCAAAUGGGGUCAAUGGAGGUUACGAGGAUGGUGAUGGCGAAGAAUUUGCUGACUCGUGCGAGGAACAAAAUUCACCGGGAAAUAAAGAAGAUGAAGAAGAGGAAGAGGAAGAGGUAAAUGAAAUUGACGACGAUGUUAAUGAGGAGUCAAAUGAAGAUAUUGGUAAUGAUGAUGAUCCUGAAGCAACAGAAAUAGAAUCAAAGGAUAAUGAUAAUUCAAAUGAAAAUAAUGCAGUGGGUGAAAGAGUCAUUGAAACUGUUAACGAUGAUGAUGAUGAAGAGGAAGAGGAGGAGAUGGAUAAUGAAGAAGAUGUUGAAAUGAGAGAGGAAUUUGAUGAUAAUCCAGAGGAUUCACAAAGUCGUGAAUCAACGAGAGAAAAUGUAGAUAAGGAUAUUGUUGAAUUAUCGAAUCAUUCAAAAAUGUCCGAGGAAGUGUUAAAUGGACCUGAGAAUGUUAGUGAAGUGUCGAAAAUAAUUGUCAAAGAAUCAAAUGUUGAUUCAAAAUGUGAUGAAGCAAUGGACGUUGACGCGCAAAGUAAUAAUUCGGAUGUUGAGUGCUUGGACGAAAGUAUCACACAAAUUGAUUCAGACAAUGAUGAUGUUUUUACAAUUGACAAACCGGGUACAACAACAACAAAUAAAAAACGAACUUCAGGUAGUAGCGAUAUUCAACAAAUUGAUGAAAGUGGUGAAAUAAUAGAUAGUAGUUUAGAUACAUCGGACGUGAAAAUAUGUGAGGAGAACGGUAGUAUUGGUAGUCCUGAUAUUGAAGAAAUAACAGAUCCUUCGAAAAGUAAUGGUCACAAUUCUGAACAAGAUGGUUCAACGAAAGGUUCACCAAAGCAGAAAAAACCAAGAAAACAAUUGGAUCUUAGUAAUAUAACACCAAGGCGUAGUUCACGAAAUAUUAAAAGGACUAGUUAUAUUGAAAAAGAACCUGAGUUGGAACCAGUAGCGCAAGACGAUGGCUCUGAUAUUGAGGAAAUAAAAAUGGAGGAUCCUUUAGCUGGAAUUGAUAUUAAAGAUAAAGAAAAUACAAAAAUAAAAUCACCAAUCAAGAGUAGUAAAACAACAAUUGUUGUUAGUGAUACAAAGAGGCUCGUGGAAAUUGCUGCCAGUAGCAAAGCCUCCAAGGGAGGAAAAAAAGAACCCACAUUAGUUAUAAUAGACACAAAUUCUAUACUCUCAGGACGUGGUGGUGUGCCGAUUAGUAGUCACGCUAAACCCCAUUCAGUUCCAAGUUCAACGUCAUUCUCAGUUGUUCCAAUGAGUAUGGCACCACAAUCAAUGUAUCCAAAUAUGAGAACAACCAUUACACCCGUACCAAUGAAAUCAUCAACAAUAAAACCAGCGACAGUUACGCCAAUACAUACACCGCCACAAGUUUUACCUGCAUUAACUGAUGAUAUGUUUGUCGUUGAAGCACCGUCCUUCAUUGUACCUUAUGUAUACGAAAAACCGCCUCUAAAUCCAAUGAAAGAAUUCCUCGCGAAAUUAAAGAAAGGCAUCGAGGAGGUGGAAAAAGAGGAGAAAAAAGCCGCUGAUGAGAAAAAAGAAAAAGACGAUAACGAUAUUGACAGUGAUAAUGAAAGUGAAAAUAGCAAAAAAGACGAUGCCGAUGAUGAUAAAUCUAAACCAGAAACAAAAUCCGAUGACAAAAAUAAAGUACAAACAUACUUUGAAUUGCCAUUAGGAAAAUUUUUCAUGCAAAUUGGAAUGAAUCUUGUACAAGAAUUUGUUCAAACUGAUUUAUUACGAACGCAAAAAAGAAAACAGGGCAAAGGUACACCAUCAGCCGAAACACAAAUGGCCAUUAAUUCACUAAUAAAAAAUUUAGAAUUUAGUAAAGAAAAUAAUGAACCAUUCCAUUUAGAAAUGAAAAAAUGUGAAUUUUGUAAUUUUAAAACAGAAUCAACAAUAGUUAUGCAACAUCAUCUUGAAACACCGCAUAUGAAAAAUUAUGUUUAUAAAUGUAAUUUUUGUCCAAUUGAAAUACGUAGUCCACAUGAUAUUUUAUUUCAUAUGGAAGCUGAACAUAAUGCACGUGGUCGUCUUGAAAGAGGACCGGCAUUUCAUCAAUGUCCAAAUUGUCCAUUUGAAGAUAAUCAAAAGGGUAAAUUGACGCGGCAUAAUAUUGCAUGUGCAAAGAAAUUUAGACCUGAACGAAAUUUAGAACCGGCAACUGAUUGGGAACCACCGGCAAAAAUACCAAGAUUAAAUCGUGCACGACAAUCAAUGCCAACAAGUCCAAGUGCAUUGGCAAUGGCAAUGAAUGCAAAAGGACAACAACCAUUAUUACCGAAAUUAUUACCGGCACCAAUGCCAGGACGUGGACGUGGUCGUCCACCAAUGCAACCAAGAUAUACGGAUUUAAAAUCAUUGCGACCAGGAACAUCGCCAAUUCGACAAGAAGGUGUCGCCAGUAUGAUGUAUCGACCAACAUCAUCCGGAUUAUUGGUACCCACUGCUUAUCAAUUCGGCAGCAACCAAAUAUUCCAGGUGGUGGGUGGCUCUGGGACUGUCAUGUCUGCUGUAUCGGGGGUGAAUACCACCAGUGGCGGCAGUUCCGGUCGUACCGCACCUAUUGCACUUGUAUCCAACGUAAACGACUCUCAGUCUAGGUUAUCCCUAACACAGAAUCCAGUUGCAAACUCCAAAGCUAACUCGUCAAAGGCAUUACCGCAGCCGAGUAUAUCAAUAACACCAUUGCCACGAACAGUGCAACAACAACAACAACAGUCCUCUGUUUCGGCAACAUCGUCAAGACCCGCUGGCAACAAAAGUACAUUUGUCAUAUGUGAGAUUUGUGACGGUUAUAUAAAGGAUCUAGAACAACUUCGAAAUCAUAUGCAAUGGAUACAUAAAGUUAAAAUACAUCCAAAGAUGAUUUAUAAUAGACCUCCUUUGAACUGCCAGAAAUGUCAAUUUCGAUUCUUUACAGAUCAGGGUUUGGAAAGACAUUUGUUGGGAUCUCAUGGACUUGUUACGUCAAGUAUGCAAGAAGCUGCUAACAAGGGUAAAGAUGCAGGUCGUUGUCCAGCUUGUGGCAGGGUAUAUCAAUGGAAACUGUUAAAUCAUGUAGCGCGGGAUCAUGGUAUGACUUUGAAACCGGCUCAUUUAUCGUACAAAUGCACAGUUUGCACUGCCACAUUUGGAAUGUAUAAGCAGUUUGAAAAUCAUGUCUACUCGGCACACAGUGUUGUCGCUAAGCGUGUUAUGGACAAAAAGAAUGCACCAUCGUCACCAUCAAGUCGUUCCAAUGAUUCACUAUUGAAACCAUUGAAAAUCAACGAUGAGAUCACUAUUAUUCCACAACCAGCUAAACCAACUAGAUCUAUUCAUGGUCGAGGUAAAUAGCAAUGAUCAGCCGAGUGACACGUGCAACUCGUUUCAUAAAAAUUUCACAUAACUUUGUGGUACUCCAAUAUUGGUCUCUGUCGUUUGAAAAAAAAAAAAAAAAGAAACUAACAGUGAUCGACGCGAAGUGUACAUGUGUAUGCAUAUUAUGCUUAAGGCACACAAAUACAGAAAAAAUUUGAAUACACACACACACAAAAAAACCGAUACAUACAAUUCUCUCUCUCUCUCACUCUCUCUAUCUAUCUCUAUCUCUUGGCAAAAAAUACUGCGAUUAAAUAUUCUAUCGACGAUUAUACCGAUAUAUUUAUUUAAGAAUUUUUAUUGUUGUUAUCAGACAUAAAGAAGAAAAUAGACUGUAAAAAAAAUAUUGAUGAAAAAAAAAGAAAAGGGUGGCCUUCAGUAUGAUUUCUUCGUUGAUCCUCGAGUCGUGCAAAUCCUCAUUAAACGCGCCUCUCUUGAUUCUUAGUAAAUCUUACACAAAUAUAUAAAUAUACAUAUAUAUUCGUGUCUUGUCAUAUAAAUGGAUUUCCUUAAAUAUUUCGAGUCCUUUUUCUUUGUAAAACAAGAAUUGAAAAAAUAUCUUUCAUUUGAAUCAGGGUAUUGGAAUUAGAUUUUUUUUUCUAAUCAAUUAGUAAUUAAAAUAUCAUUAAUUAAAAAAAAAUUGAUAUCUGAUUCUAAUUGAUGCAAAAUUAGUAGAAAAAAAAAAUUAGAAAUUUGAAGUAUUUCAUUAAUGUUGAUUUUUCUCUAAAUGAAUCUUAAAAACCAUUCCCUUUGUUCUUUUUCAAAAUGAACAAUCGCACUCGAUUUGAAUAUCACGAUGAAAUUUUACAGGAAAAUUUAACUGUAAAGUGUAAUCUAAGUUGGAGUUAGAGUGUCAUAGAAAAGAAAUAUCCAGUUUUAUUUUUACGCUCUUUAAAGAACAACAAAUUGUACAUUAAAAGUAUAGAAAAAUAUAAUAUAAUAAAAUAUCAAUAAAACGGAUACACACAUAUACACAAAACACACACAAACAUAAAAAUGUGUUUUUUUUUCUAUUUUUUUUUUUUCUUCUAAGUCUUGAUUUUCUUCUUUACGAGUCGAAAAUUUUUUCUUAAAGUUGUAAACGCCAAACUUUAUGCUAAAUAUAUAAGGGCCUGUGUUGUAAAAAACAUCUAAAGAAGAUAGAAUUUUGUUUUCACUGGGUUGAGCGAGAGGGAAAAAAAAUUAGUGAAAUAAUUUUUAUCUCUAAAAAUGCGAAAAAAAAGAAAAAAAACACACUACGAUUUAAUAGGCUCAUUAUUAUUAUUAUAUUAUAUUAACAAUGUAGAUAGUCCUUUUUGUGAAUGAUGAAAAGAAAAGAGAGUAACGGGUUUAAUUUAAAUAUAUAAUUUCGACUUCUCAUAAUUUUUGUACGUUACUAUAUAGGGAAAAAAAAAAAAAAAUAUGAAUAAUUUUAGAAGAGAAAACGUAUUUCGUGCGGAGGGUAUAAUAAUAAUUAUAAUAAUAAAAAAAAAAUGAUUACGAUGUGCUUUUGCACUCAGGCGGCUGUAUUAUUUAAAAACAACAAAAAUACAAAAAAAAAAAAAACUCGGCUAUUUGCCAGCCACUAUUAACGGUGAUCAAUAAUAUGUUGGUAAAAAAACUGAGAGCAUUCAUAGACGUAAUUACAGAAAUUAUAUAGUUUACUGUAAUAAUUUGUACAAUAUAUGAAUAAUUAGUGAUUGCGAAAAAUAAAAAAAAAAAAAAGUGUACCAACAUUGUAUUAAAAAGAAAAGAAAAAAAAAGGUAAAAAAAUACUUCGUCGUUCAGCGAAUUUUUCAAUUUUUGUGUUAGUCGAUCAAUUUUUAUUCUUAAUGCGAUCGCUUCUUUUGAUCUUGAAUAUUUUUUUCUUUAAUUUUCCAAUUCUUUCUUUUUUUUUUUUUUUAAACGGAAAGUUAAAAUAAAGUCAUUUGUUUUUAUUAUUUAUAUAUAAUAUUACAUAAUAUUAUUUUAAAUAUAAAAUAAAAAAUAAUGAAGAAAGAAAUCAAUUUGAAAAUUAAUUAAAAUGAUUU